AUGCGUGAUCGAAAUGUGCGUUUGAAGUUCGGGCAUGAUGAAACUAUCUGCAUUGGUGGUGGUGGUGGUGGUGGUGGCGGCGGCGGCGGCGGCGGCGGCGGCGGCGGCGGCGGCGGCGGCGGCGACAGCAGCAGCAGCGGUUGGGCUUGGCGAGGUGGCGAUUGUUCUUUGUUACCGGACAGCGUUCCCGUUGCAUCUGUACCGAUUAUCUUCAGUCAUGACGCGGUGAGACUGAGGCGCAGUGUUCUGCUAUGGCAAGUGGAGGGAGCGACGUCUUUGAUGCUUCUGACUAUGGUAGCGUUUUGCGCCAUGAAAACUAACUUGAGUGGAUUGGCACAACGCUCGAUCCGGAGAUGUCCACAAAGUUCUGUCUGCGCUCUGAAUUCCAACUGUAAAGGUUGGCAGCAGUUGGCUGUUUGAAGCAGUUAUUCACGACAUGGGAUUCUUGCAGGCGUAUCGUUUUGCCUUUAACUCGGCUAUUUGGUUCCCCUAAUACGAUAUCUGGAAAUAAAGGUGGCUGACCCUAUCGUCUUGAUAUGAAGUAUUCAGAACGAAUUCUGUAUCUGGUGUCACUUAAUUUAUGGUCAUUUAUUAGUAAGUGCGUAACGUCAGUAUGCAUGGGGAGUAGCAUGAGCCAUAUGCGGGCACCCUCUGCCAAAUGUACCAGUGGUGGAUACAUUUACUUCGCCCCGUCCUGAUACCUAACUCACAUCUCUGGCUCCACGCAAGCGUGCUCAUCACAGUGGCCGCGCCUCAGUAAUCACUGACAGCCUAGACGAGAUGAGGGUGUAUGGCGUAUGUGUGUCUUCAAACCCGCUGGUCUAUGGCUUACUACCCUUGCCGUCCACUGUCACUAGAUGAACUGUCCUGCAUAGAUGUUGACAUGCAAUCCUGUAGACGACACAGAGUGACUCUGAUCGACUUUCCGCUUUGUCACAUUCGUGAUCAACGGUGAAUUCCCACAGUUGCCUGGACUGACUGAGCAGUCCCUUGUAGGGAGGCACUGCCUACCGUCAAACUAACCGUGACUUCUGGACGCAAAACAUAGGGUCGAAAAGCAACUACAACCGACAAAUUACGUCCCCAACCCGUGUCUCCCCAUUGUCUGGCGGAGUGACCCUGCUCACUAUGGCUGUCUGGGAUGGUUGUUCGCCUUUAGACAAACGAGCGACAGGUCGUCCGGAAAGAAGGAUAGCUCUGGUCGUCCGGAGAUCAGGCCGCCAAAAGAUGGACAUCGCGACUCCCAACGAGACCUACGUACUUCUCCAGGUAAAAACAAGUAGAGAAGGCAGGUACCAGAUAGACCUUCGGGGGUGGCAUUUCAAACACAGAGUGACAAGAUUCUGGAGUAAAUUUUGCAGUCAAGAAUGGCGCGGUUAUACUGGGCAUCGACAGUCGUCUCAUGAAUGUGAGGCUGUGCCGAGGCGCCAGACUAUCUUGCCUUUCCCUACCUGUUCCUCAUUCUUUAACUUACUGAUUGUUUAAAUGGAAGGAACACGACACAACGCGACGCGCUCGGCAUUUGUUGGAUUGUCAGGUCGUUUGACAUUUGAUUAUUAAUUCUCCCAUAACUCUGGUCUUAUCCUGAUAUCCAUAGUCUGGGAUUGACAGUUGUCUCCUUAGCGCUCGCAAUAGUGGUGACCUUUUGACGUUCGCGCUUAUACCUUUAAGUUGUUGACUUUCUAUUUUCAUACAGUCCGUUUGCCUUGUUUCUUUCUACCAUCAUGACCUCUACGGAUUCCAACGAUGCCACUACUUCUCUCAAUGGACUUUCUUCGUCUCUCCCAGACUUUUGGCAACAUGCGCCAGAACUUUAUUUUUUCCGUAUCGAGGCGACAUUUCACUCUGCCAAGAUAACACGUGAAACAGACAAAUAUUAUAAGUUGGUCGAGGCCCUUCCUCCUACCAUUCUUUCCCUAAUGCAGACGUUUUUGCGAGAUCGCCUGACUGAUGCUCCCUACACCACGUUAAUGCCUGAACUCCUACGCCGGACAUCAGUCUCAGAUCGGCGACGUUAUCACGCACUGGUAAAAGAGGGGGCCGUAGGUGAUCGCAAGCCGUCAGACCUCCUGCGUCGUAUGCGUUCUCUCCUUAGGAACAUUUUCAUCGACGGCAAGUUCUUUGAAGAGAUGUUCGUAGCACGUCUGCCGACGUCGGUACAAACAAUCUUGGCCUCUGGCUCAGAUGACCCAGACAUAUCAAAGUUAGCGGAGAUCGCUGACCGUAUGAUGGAGUUUGAGGGUUUGUCAUCCACGAUGAUUGCUCAGGUUUCCCUGCCUCUCAUCGUGUCCACCUCUGACCUCGCUGAACUAAAGACAUAGAUUGCCCAGUUGUCGGCGACUGUUGCCGCUUUGCAGCUGCGCCGAUCCGCCGGUCCCUCUCGACGUUCCUUUGGCCGUGACCGUCGUCGUUCCCGCUCUCGCCCUAGGACCGCAAACCUAUGUUGGUAUCAUGUCAACUAUGGCAAUAAGGCGUGGCGCUGUGUCCCGCCCUGCUCCUUCAAGUCCACGCAGGGAAACUCCUCGGCCGGAGAGGAAAUGCGGCCGAGCUCUCUGGCAACACUACGGGUCGCACCUUUUACAUCAGUGAUAACACGAGUGGCAGGCAUUUUUAGUCGACACUGGCGCUCAGAUUAGUGUUAUCCCUCCUACGUCGGCCGACCGACGUUGCCAUGGUCUUUUCCUUCGAGCCAUCAACUCAUCCCCCAUUACAAACUUUGGAUUUCGAUCCCUCUCCCUGGAUAUUGGUCUCAGGCGAUUAUUCCCCUGGAUAUUUGUGGUGGCUGAUGUUCCCACCGCCAUCCUUGGUGCUGAUUUUUUGGCCGCCUUUGACCUUCUGAUGGAUUGCAGGCAACUUCGCCUCCAUGAUCGCUCAACUACUCUCCCUGUCAAAGGAUUUCCUCCAUCCUCAGCUUUUAACCAUCUAUCCGUCCUUGACCCAAACCCUGACUGUCCAUUUCGUAGACUUUUAGCAAAAUAUUCUACUCUCACUAAGCCCCAUUUUUCUGACACCUCACUGCCCCAGGAUAUCGUUCACCACAUAAAAACGACUGGUCCUCCCGUUUUCUCUCGUCUCCGCCGUCUUGCUCCUGCGCGUCUUGCGGCUGCUACGGCUGAAUUUGAUCACAUGCUGCGACUAAGGAUUGUUCGACAGUCGGACAGUCCCUGGGCAUCUCCUUUGCACAUCGUUCCUAAACCAAAUACGGAUGGUUGGCGUCCUUGAGGCGAUUAUAGAGCCCUAAACAAUAUCACUAUGCCCGAUCGGUAUCCGGUUCCUCACCUUCAGGACUUUGCCGGAGCUCUAUGUGGCAAAACCGUUUUCUUGAAGAUCGAUUUGGUCAGGGCUUUUCAUCAAAUUCGGAUUGCGGCUGAGGACAUUCCCACAACGGCAGUGACGACUCCUUUUGGCUUGUUUGAGUUCCUUCGUAUGCCAUUUGAUCUCCGAAAUGCCUCACAGACUUUCCAACGUUUCACUGACCGUGUUUUACGUGGCCUUCCAUUUGUUUAUGCGUAUAUUGACGAUGUUCUCGUCGGCAGUCGAGAUGUCGAGUAACAUCUUCAACACCUCACCCUGCUUUUCGACCGAUUUCAGCAGUUUGGUGUCACCCUGCAUCCUGUCAAAUGCGUCCUUGGAGCCACUUCUCUUGAGUACUUAGGUCACUUGAUAGACUCAAACGGCAUUCGGCCUCUUCCUCCAAAGGUUGCCGCCAUUCGGACUUUCCACCCCCUACCUCGAAGCGUCAGUUGCAAAGGUUCCUUGGUAUGGUGAACUUUUAUCGCCGGCUUCUCACGAACUGUGCCGAUACCAUCCUACCUCUGACCAGUCUCCUCUCAGGUUCUAAGCGAACCUUUGAACUUACAUACACCAGCAGCACUCAUGUCAUUUGAGCAGGUAAAAGCCCUUCUGUCUGAUGCCACCCUCCUUACUCACUUUCAUGCAGAUGCACCCAUAUCUCUGAUGGUCGAUGCCUCCAAUGUUUCUGUUGGUGCGGUUCUUCAACAAAGUCUGCCAGACUCUACCGUGCCUUUGGCUUUCUUCUCCAAGAAAUUAUCCAAGGCCGAAACCCGCUACAGCACAUUCGGACGUGAACUUCUCGUCGCUUAUCUUGCCGUAAGGCACUUCCGGCAUUUACUCGAAGGUCGAGAGUUCACUAUUCUCACAGAUCAUAAGCCACUAACAUUUGCUAUGCAUUCCCACUCUGACAAGCUAAGCCCGGGGAGAUCCGUCACCUGGACUACAUUUUCUAGUUCACUUCAGACAUCCGCCAUAUUGACGGGUCAAGGAAUGAGGUGUCCGACGCACUGUUCAGGCCCUCUAUCGCUCACCUUCAGCUUUCCCCGGGAUUGACCUCACUGAGAUGGCCGCUGAACAACGCCGUGUCGGUUCACGCUGUGAUUGGGAUGUUUCCGGACGCCAACUUCAGGAACUACCACUGGCAACGGCACCAUUUUAUGCGACGUAUCCACCCCUUCUAAUCUUCCAUUUGUGCCACCAUCCCGCCGCCGCAAAGUUUUCUCCUCCCUGCACAGUCUCUCUCACCCUGGGAGUCGAGCAACCGACAAGCUGGUUUCCGACCGCUUCGUCUGGCCUGGGAUGCACAAGGACCUCAAGGCAUGGACACGGGCUUGUAUCGAUUGUCAAUGGAGUAAGAUCCAGCGGCACAACAAGGCCCCCAUUGACACAUUCCCCGGCCCUAGUGCAAGGUUCAGCCACGCUCACCUGGACAUUGUAGGCCUCCUGCCGCUGUCCAAUGGUUGUUCCUAUCUCCUCACCUGUGUAGCUCGGUUCAUUCGUUGGCCUGAAGCAAUUCCCCUGGCUAACAUUGCUGCUCCACUGGUGGUCAAGGCUUUUCUCAGUCGUUGGGUUGUUAUCUUUGGUGCAACCUCCGCAAUCACGACUGACCGUGAUGCCCAGUUUGAGUCUAACCUCUUCCAGUCUUUCCUUUCCUUUUUAGGCUGUAUUCGCAUCCGCACUACAGCCUAUCAUCCGGCAGCCAAGGGGAUGGUCGAGCGGUUUCACCGUCAGCUGAAGACCUCCCUACGCAUCGCGGCCGAUCGGAGAACUGGACGGACCACCUUCCCCUGGUCCUCUUGGGCAUCCGCUCCGCUCUCAAGCCGGACCUUGACUGUUUCGCAGUUGAGCUGGUGUUCGGCGCCACCGUCCGACUCCCCGGUGAGAUGAUCUCGCUAACCCCGCAAGGUGCAGUUGAGGAUCCUACCAACCUCCUGCAUCGCCUCCGGCAGGUUAUGCGGAUACUUUCUCCGGUUCCUCCAAGGUCCUCCGCCUCUCUGUCUUAUCUCGAGAAGGACUUGGAAACGUGCUCUCACGUCUACCUUCGAUGUGAUGGAGUCCGCGGCCUCUAA